ACGGAACUUGUUGCGUCAAGGAAUUGCGUGAGAAGUCAAAAGCGAGCGCGGUGAUGAGUCGUGAGCCGAAGCCCUCUCGGAAAAUUCACGGCCAUGCCCGAAAGCCCCAUCCUGCACCUCACCAUGUCGACAUGCUGAUUACGAGCUUAAAGUUCAAUUUCUACGGCCCCACGUUGAUUCUUCGCGCUUAAGUAACAAAAUCUGGUUUCCGAGAGACGGACUGAUUCUUAGACGAACUUCUGUUGGGAGUUCUACCGAUUGAUUGCUAAAUUUUGUCUUCAAGAGAAGAUGAAGAUCAACAUCGAUAGGGAGGCGCGAAAAGUUACGGUUGAUAGUCGAAUUCCCCUCCGGAAUUACUAUCGGAUCGCUGAUAAUCUAUUAAAACAGGCUAGUAUCUAUCGGGAGGAGAAUAAUGUCGUGGAUUUGUUCAUCAUACUUCUUAGGUUUUCAAGCUUGGUUUCUGAAACUAUACCACGGCAUCGAGAUUACCAGAUAUUUUUCCCAAAGGAAAAGAUAUUUUAUAAGAAGAAACUGUUAAAUGUAGUAGAUGAACUCGAGUCCUUGAAGCCCGAAUUUGAUUGCCGAGUAAAUGAACUGGAGAAAGUGCAUGCACAACCUCGGCUUCCUCCUCCAGAUGAUCAGGACAGAAGCUCAUAUACUCUCGGGCCAUCUUCCAUGGAAUGGCCCUCUGUGAAUAGAGAUUAUUCAUUGGUUUUGGACAGAAAGCAGCAUGCCAGUUUACAGCCACAAUCUUCAUGGAGGUAUAACCAUGACCAGGGUCAAGUUUCACAAUCAAGCUCCUUUAAGAUUGCGAAUAAGUUCCCAAACCUGUCUCUUAAUGUACCACUUCCGAAACCCGAAACUUUGUCUCGACAUUCUAUUUUGGGACCCAGUGGUCUUCAGGGCCAAUGGAAGGGACCGAGCACAGAUAAGAUUCACUAUCCAAGAAAUCAGGACUUUACUCCUGAAGAUCCAAGACUGAAUCAAAUUGAACAAUGUGAUCUAGUGGCACAUAAAGAUAACUAUUCAGGAGGUCUUAUGUCGAUGAUGGAGUCGGUGCUUUCACUGGAUGAUGGUAGAUGGCCACAUCCUGCAGACAUGUCUACUCCUCCGUUGAUAACAGAAGUAAGGGAGGAUCCUUUCCCAUUGGUCAAACAACCUUCUCCUCCUCCUGUUCUUGCUAAGGUUCAGCAGGAGUAUGCGACAAUUCCCCCAUCUAAAGUCGCGGAUCCAAGGCCUGGAAUGGCAAAACAAUCGCAGGAUGGGCCUGACUCGUUUCAACGUUUACAAAUUCCAGUAAAAAUGCUGGAUGAUUUCUUGAGAGUGGCUCGAGAAAAUACAAAUAAAAACCUGGAGACUUGUGGUGUUUUAGCUGGCUCGCUGAAAAACAGGGUUUUUUACAUAUCUACGCUCAUAAUCCCAAAGCAAGAAUCAACAUCAGAUUCGUGCCAAACGUUGAAUGAAGAGGAAAUAUUUGAAGUUCAAGACAGAUUAUCACUUUUCCCUCUUGGUUGGAUCCAUACACACCCAUCACAGACCUGUUUCAUGUCAUCUGUGGAUCUGCACACUCAUUACUCCUACCAGAUUAUGUUGCCAGAAGCAAUUGCAAUCGUGAUGGCUCCUACUGAUACGUCAAGUCCAUAUGGCAUAUUUCAUCUGUCUGAUCCGGGUGGCGUGUCAGUCAUCCGCAACUGCCAACAGCGUGGAUUUCAUCCCCACGAGGAGCCUGAAGAUGGGAGUCCACUCUAUGAGCACUGCUCUCAUGUUUUGAUGAAUCCCAACUUGAAGUUUGACGUCGUUGAUCUGAGGUAGGCUUUUGAUUGCUGACCCUAUUUGAGGGAACUUGUAUAGCACCAUGGAAAUACAUUUCAAGAAGAUUCAAAGAAGGAAUGAAAAGAAGAAAAAAAAAGAAAACUCGCCCUGACGACAACUCUGUAAAUUUUUCUGAGUUUUUCUAAUUUGCAAAUCGACAUGAGUUACACUGCCAUUGUUGCGAGACUUCAGGUGGCCAACGAUGCCGAAGAUCUCCUUGAUUAAAAUUAAGGCUUCUCUUUGUUGAAAGAAUAGCCUAUGUUAUAUAAUGUACAUGAUAGCUUCAUUUAUUUCAAAGUUUAGCCCUUACAUCAUACUGGUUUACGUUUGUUUAGAAAUUAGAAGCAUUGUUCUUUAGGGUUAAAGCUCACGUUUACAAAUGUUUGCCUGUAAACUUGCGUUGUAGAUCCUAUUUUAUGAACACGUGUUGAAGAGUGUUGCUUUUUCUGAGAAA